CGCGCUGUGUGUGCCGAGGAGCAGCGUCCCCUAAACGCCUUCCUGCUGCGGACUGCUGCAGUGGGAGAGGAAGGACAGGAUGGAGGAAGCCAGGUGGAUGCCGAGCAGGUGCUGCCAGUAACGCCCGCUGAAGGAUGGCGGAAGGCGGCGAGGGAGAGGAGGAGAUCCAGUUCCUGCGGACGGACGACCAGGUGGUUCUGCAGUGCACCGCCUCCAUCCUGAAGGAGCAGCAGAUCAAACUCUGCCUGUCCUGCGAGGGCUUCGGGAACCGCCUCUGCUUCCUGGAGACCACGUCAAAUGCUCAGAAAGUGCCUCCAGACUUGGCGAUAUGCAACUUCAUCCUGGAGCAGUCGUUGUCGGUGCGUGCCCUGCAGGAGAUGCUGGCCAACACGGUGGAGAUGACCGAGUCCUCCCAAGGUGGCGGCCACCGCACUUUGCUGUACGGCCACGCCAUCCUUCUGAGACACAACCACUCGAGCAUGUACCUGAGCUGCUUGACCACGUCUCGCUCGCUCACAGACAAGCUGGCCUUCGACGUGGGGCUGCAGGAAGACUCCACCGGCGAGGCGUGCUGGUGGACCAUCCAUCCGGCCUCCAAGCAAAGGUCAGAAGGUGAAAAGGUCCGGGUGGGCGACGACCUCAUCCUCGUGAGCGUGUCGUCUGAGAGAUACCUGCACCUGUCCUACGCCAGCGGGGAUCUGAUGGUGGACGCCUCCUUCAUGCAGACUCUGUGGAACAUGAACCCCGUUAGCUCCGGGUGCGAGCUGGCUGAAGGGUUCCUGACGGGCGGUCACGUUCUCCGGCUGUUCCACGGCCACAUGGACGAGUGUCUGGCCAUCGCCACACCGGAGGAAGGCGAGGAGAAGCGCAGGAUGGCUCACUACGAAGGUGGCUCCGUGUGCAGCCAGGCUCGUUCCCUGUGGAGGCUGGAGCCUCUAAGGAUCAGUUGGAGCGGUGGCCACUUCAAGUGGGGGCAGCCUUUCCGCGUCCGCCACAUCACCACGGGCCGGUACCUGUGUCUGGAUGAGGAGAAGAGCUUGCUGGUGGUGGACCCGGACAAGGCCAACACCAAACUCUCUGCUUUCUGCUUCCGCGCCUCAAAGGAGAAGGUGGACGUGGCUCACAAGCGAGACGUGGAGGGGAUGGGCAUCCCGGAGAUCAAGUACGGAGAGUCCAUGUGCUUCGUGCAGCACAUGUCCACCGGCCUGUGGCUCACCUACGCCGCGCUGGAUGCCAAAGCGGCUCGUCUGGGGAUGAUGAAGAGGAAGGUCAUCCUGCACCAAGAGGGCCACAUGGACGACGCCCUCACCGUGUCCCGCUCCCAGACUGAGGAGUCUCAGGCUGCUCGUAUGAUUUACAGCACCAUGGGUCUCUUCAGGCAGUUCAUCAAGGGCUUGGACUCUCUGAGCGGGAAGAACAAGUCUCCUGCAGCGAUGUCACUCCCUCUGGAGGGAGUCAUUCUCUCCCUGCAGGAUCUCAUCUUCUACUUCCGCCCCCCCGAGGAGGAGCUGGAGCACGAGGAGAAGCAGACCAAGCUGCGCUCUCUCCGCAACCGGCAGAAUCUCUUUCAAGAGGAGGGGAUGAUCACCAUCGUGCUGGAGUGCAUCGACCGGCUCAACGUGUACAACACGGCGGCACACUUCUCCGAGUUUGCCGGCGAGGAGGCCGCCGAGUCCUGGAAGGAGAUCGUCAACCUCCUUUACGAGCUGCUGGCUUCCCUCAUCAGGGGAAACCGCUCCAACUGCGCCUUGUUCUGCGACAACCUGGACUGGCUGGUCAGCAAACUGGACCGCCUGGAGGCCUCGUCAGGUAUUCUGGAGGUGCUCUACUGCGUGCUCAUUGAGAGCCCUGAGGUUCUCAACAUCAUCCAGGAGAACCACAUCAAGUCCAUCAUCUCCCUCCUGGACAAGCACGGAAGGAACCACAAGGUUCUGGAUGUCCUUCGCUCUCUCUGUGUGUGCAACGGUGUCGCCGUGAGGUCCAACCAGAACCUCAUCACCGAAAACCUGCUGCCGGGCCGCGACCUCCUGCUGCAGACCAACAUUGUCAACUACGUCACCAGUGUCCGACCAAACAUCUUCCUGGGAACGUGCGAGGGCUCCACGCAGUUUAAGAAGUGGUACUUUGAGAUGAUGGUGGACUUUGUGGAGCCCUUUGUGACGGCGCAGGCCUCUCACUUGCGCGUGGGCUGGGCCAUGACGGAAGGCUACAGCCCCUACCCCGGAGGCGGGGAGGCCUGGGGAGGAAACGGCGUGGGAGACGACCUCUACUCCUACGGCUUUGACGGCCUCCACUUGUGGUCAGGCACCGUCCCCCGCCAGGUGGCCUCACCCACCGCCCACAGUCUGGCCGCCGAAGACGUGGUCAGUUGUUGUCUGGAUCUGAGCGUGCCCAGUAUCUCCUUCCGCAUAAACGGACACCCGGUUCAGGGCAUGUUUGAGAACUUCAACGUGGACAGCCUGUUCUUCCCGGUCAUAAGUUUCUCAGCUGGAGUCAAAGCUCGUUUCCUCCUGGGCGGUCGUCACGGAGACUUCAAGUUCAUGCCCCCGCCAGGCUACGCGCCCUGCUACGAGGCGCUGCUACCCAGGGAGAGGAUGCGCAUCGAGCCCAUCAAGGAGUACAAGCAUGACUUCGGUGGUGUGCGGAACCUUCUGGGGCCCACCCUGUCGCUCACCCACACCUCCUUCACCCCGUGCCCCGUGGACACGGUCCAGAUCGUGUUGCCGCCGCAUUUGGAGAGGAUCCGGGAGAAGCUGGCGGAGAACAUUCACGAGCUGUGGGCCAUCACCCGCAUCGAGCAGGGCUGGACUUACGGCACUUUCAGAGAUGACAACAAGAAGCUUCAUCCAUGUUUGGUGGACUUCCAGAGUCUCCCUGAGCCCGAGAGGAACUACAACCUGCAGAUGUCUGGAGAGACUCUCAAGACUCUCCUGGCGCUGGGCUGCCACGUCGGCAUGGGUGACGAGAAGGCGGAGGAGAACCUCAAAAAGAUCAAGCUGCCAAAGACCUACGUGAUGAGCAACGGAUACAAGCCUGCGCCGCUCGACCUCAACCAUGUCAAGCUGACACCCAACCAGAACCAGCUGGUGGAGAAACUGGCAGAAAACGGCCACAACGUGUGGGCGAGGGACCGCGUGCGUCAAGGGUGGACGUACAGCAUCGUGCAGGACAUCCUCAACAAGCGCAACCCUCGCCUGGUGCCUUACAACUUGCUGGACGAGAGAACCAAGAAAACCAACCGGGACAGCGUCAACAACGCCGUUCGCACCCUCAUCGGCUACGGCUACAACAUCGAGCCCCCGGAUCAGGAGAGCACCAGCCACGGCCUGGAGAACAUCCGUGGGGACAAGGUGCGCAUCUUCAGGGCGGAGAGGUCUUACGCCAUCACGCAGGGGAAGUGGUACUUUGAGUUUGAGGCCGUGACGACGGGGGAGAUGAGAGUCGGCUGGGCUCGGCCAAACGUCCGCUCCGAUACCGACCUGGGAGCUGAUGAACUCGGUUACGUCUUUAACGGCAAUAAGGCGCAGAGAUGGCACAUCGGCAACGAGCCCUUCGGUCGCCAGUGGCUGUCUGGCGAUGUCGUCGGUUGCAUGAUCGACCUGACGGAGAUGAACAUUAUGUUCACGCUCAACGGCGAAAUGUUGAUCAGCGACUCUGGCUCGGACAUGGCUUUUAAAGACAUCGAAAUAGGGGAAGGUUUUAUCCCAGUGUGUUCUUUGGGCCUGUCCCAGGUCGGAAGGAUCAAUCUGGGUCAGAAUGUCAGCAGCCUGCGCUACUUUGCCAUUUGUGGCCUUCAGGAGGGAUUUGAACCCUUCGCCAUCAACAUGAAGCGAGACAUCACCAUGUGGUUCAGUAAAAGCUUGCCCCAGUUUGGACCAGUCCCCACGGACCACAACCACCUGGAGGUGUCCCGUGUGGACGGGACGGUGGACAGCGCCCCCUGUCUCAAGCUGACCAACAAAACCUUCGGCUCUCAGAACGCCAACACGGACAUGAUGUUCCUCAGACUCAGCAUGCCCGUGCAGUUCCACGAGACCUUCAAGAUCCCGGCGGGCACCACGCUGCUCACCCGGGCGCUCACCAUACCCGAGGACGAUGUGGUGGUGGUGGAGCCGGACUCGGAGUUCGAGGUGCUGAAGAAGUCCGCCAGCCGCAAGGAGCAGGAGGAGGACAAGAAAGAGCCAUCGGUGCCGAAGGAGGUCUCUGUGGAGAACGAGAAGGACACGGCGACGGAGAAAGGAAAGAAAAGAGGAUUUUUCUUCAAGGCCAAGAAGGCGGCCAUGACACCUCUCGCCCCUCCUCCCGCCCCUCCCACUGUGCCCCGCCUGGUGGAGGACGUGGUCCCAGACGACCGUGACGACCCCGAGAUCAUCCAGAACACCACCACCUACUUCUACUCCGUGCGGAUCUUCGCCGGCCAGGAGCCCUCCGGCGUGUGGGUGGGCUGGGUCACCCCCGACUACCACCAGUUUGACCCUACCUUUGACCUCAGUAAAGUGCGCAGCGUUACCGUCACCGUGGGAGACGAUAAAGGAAACAUACACGACAGUAUGAAGCACAGUAACUGUUACAUGGUGUGGGGAGGGGACCUGGUCAGCACCCAGCAGACCCGCUUCAGCCAGGAGGACAUGGUGGUCGGCUGCCUGGUGGACCUGGCCACCGGUCUCAUGACAUUCACCGCCAACGGCGAGGAAAUUAACACCUUCUACCAGGUGGAACCCAACACAAAGCUGUUCCCCGCCGUCUUCAUCCAGCCUUGCAGUCAGAACCUGGUGCAGCUGGAGCUGGGGAAACUCAAGAACAUCAUGCCCAUCUCAGCGGCCAUGUUCCGCAGCGAGCGCAACAACCCGGUGCCCCAGUGCCCCCCCAGGCUGGACGUCCAGAUGCUGACCCCGGUUAUCUGGAGUCGCAUGCCCAAUCACUUCCUCAACCCCGAGGUGGGCAAGGUGAGCGAGAAGCUGGGCUGGAUGGUGGAGUGCACCGAACCACUCAUCAUGAUGGCGCUGCACAUCCCAGAGGAGAACAGGUGCAUCGACAUCCUGGAGUUGUCGGAGCGGCAGGACCUGAUGAAGUUCCACUACCACACCCUCAUGCUCUACUGCGCCGUGUGUGCCCUGGGCAACAACCGGGUGGCCCACGCGCUGUGCAGCCACGUGGACGAGUCGCAGCUCUUCUACGCCACCGAGAACACCUACCUGCCCGGUCCGCUGCGCAGCGGCUACUACGACCUCCUCAUCAGCAUCCACCUGGAGUCGGCCAAGCGGGCGCGCCUGGGCACCAACAAGGAGUUCAUCGUGCCCAUGUCGGAGGACACGCUCAGCAUCGACCUCUAUCCCGACGCCAAGAAGGCGCACUCCCUACCCGGCGUGGGCCUCACCACCUGCCUGCGACCCAAGCUGCAUUUCUCCUCCAUCAACUUUGUGGGCAUGGACCCGGACCUGUACACGCUCAGCCCCGUCUUCCCCCUGCAGGAGCUGAAGACCCGAGCCAUCAGCAUGCUGACCGAGGCCGUGCUGGACGGCAGCCAGGCCAUGCGGGACCCGGUGGGAGGCAGCGUGGAGUUCCACUUUGUCCCCAUCCUGAAGCUGAUCAGCACGCUGCUCAUCAUGGGCAUCUUCAACGACGAGGACAGCAAGCACAUCCUGAAGAUGAUCGACCCCAACGUGUUUGGCGGGAAAGAGGAAGACGACGACCGGGCGGCCGAAAGCGAGGAGGCCAAGGAGGAGGCGGACGAGGAGGACGAGGGCGUGGGCGAGGAGGAGGAGGAGGAGGAGGAGGAGCCGGUGGAAGGAGAGCACGAAGACGAUGAGAAGACCAAAACCAAGGAGGAGAGGCAAGAGGAGGAGAAGGAGGAAGGAGAGGCCAAAGAUGGCAAAGUAGACGCAGAAAAGGCAGAAGAGGAGAAGGAGGCGGAGAUGCUGGAGGCUGAAGUCAAAGACGAGGAGCAAGGUCUGGAGGAGGGACUACUCCAGAUGAAGUUGCCAGAAUCUGUCAAGCUUCAGAUGUGCACGCUGCUGCAGUACUUCUGCGACUGCGAGCUGCGACACCGCGUGGAGGCCAUCGUGGCCUACUCUGACAACUUUGUCCACAGCAUCCAGGACAACCAGCGCAUCCGCUACAACCAGCUGAUGAGAGCCUUCACCAUGUCGGCGGCUGAAACCGCACGCAAGACUCGGGAGUUCCGCUCCCCGCCGCAGGACCAGGUUCUUCUCCUGACCAACUUCAAGCACCUUGAGGAUGAGGACUGUCCCAUACCCGAAGGCGUGCGAGAAACGCUGGCAGAGUUUCACAAUGACCUCCUGCUUCACUGUGGCAUACACAUUGAGGAGGAGGCAGAGGAAGAGGAGGAGGACGCCUCACUGAGUGGAAGAUUCCUCAGUCUGGUGGAUAAAGUCAAGAGCUUACGUAAGAAGAACGAGGAGGAGACGCCUGAACCAGAGGAGGAGCUCAAACCCAGCACCCUCCAGGAGCUCAUCUCCCACACCAUGAUCCACUGGUCCCAGGAGUCCUUCAUCCAGAACCCGGAGCUGGUCCGCCUGAUGUUCAGCCUGCUCCACAGGCAGUACGACGGACUGGGCGAGCUGAUCCGAGCGCUGCCCAAAGCCUACUCCAUCAACGCCGUGUCCUACCAGGACACCAUGGACCUGCUGGAGUGUCUGGGACAGAUCCGCUCGCUGCUCAUCGUCCAGAUGGGCCCGGAGGAGGAGCGCCUCAUGAUCCAGAGCAUCGGGAAUAUCAUGAACAACAAGGUUUUCUACCAGCACCCCAACUUGAUGAGAGCUCUUGGCAUGCACGAGACCGUCAUGGAGGUGAUGGUCAAUGUUCUGGGUGGAGGUGGAGACUCCAAGGAGAUCCGCUUCCCACAAAUGGUGACCAACUGCUGCCGCUUCUUGUGUUACUUCUGUCGCAUUAGCCGGCAGAACCAGCGCUCCAUGUUUGACCACCUGGGAUACCUGCUGCAGAACAGUGGCAUCGGACUUGGCAUGCGUGGCUCCACCCCUCUGGACGUGGCGGCGGCGUCUUGCAUCGACAACAACGAGCUGGCGUUGGCGCUGCAGGAGCAGGAUUUGGAAAUGGUGGUGACCUACCUGGCGGGCUGCGGGCUGCAGAUGUGUCCCAUGCUGAUGUCCAAGGGCUACCCCGACAUCGGCUGGAACCCCUGCGGGGGCGAGAGAUAUCUGGAUUUCCUGCGCUUUGCCGUCUUUGUGAACGGAGAGAGCGUGGAAGAGAACGCCAACGUUGUGGUCCGUCUUCUCAUCCGCCGGCCCGAGUGCUUUGGCCCGGCGCUCCGAGGAGAGGGCGGCAACGGUCUGCUGGCCGCCAUGGAGGAAGCCAUCAAGAUCUCAGAGGACCCGGCCAGGGACGGACCCACCGUCAAGAAGGAUAGACGCUUCAUGUUUGGUGGCGAGGAGCAGCAGGAGGAGAACCGAGUGCACCUGGGGAACGCCAUCAUGUCCUUCUACUCGGCCCUCAUCGACCUGCUGGGCCGCUGUGCACCUGAGAUGCACCUGAUCCAAGCGGGGAAGGGAGAAGCUCUGAGGAUCCGAGCCAUCCUGAGAUCUCUGGUGCCCAUCGAGGACCUGGUGGGGGUCAUCAGUCUGUCCGUGCAGAUACCCGCCCACGGCAAAGACGGACAGAUUGUGGAGCCCAAGAUGUCCGCCAGCUUCGUUCCCGACCACAAGGCCUCCAUGGUGCUCUUCCUGGACCGCGUGUACGGCAUCGAGAACCAGGACUUCCUGCUGCACGUGCUGGAGGUCGGCUUUCUGCCCGACAUGAGAGCUGCAGCUUCUCUGGACACUGUGGCGUUCAGCACCACUGAAAUGGCGCUGGCGCUCAACCGCUACUUGUGCUCGGCGGUGCUGCCUCUGCUCACCAAGUGCGCCCCCUUGUUCGCCGGCACCGACCACCGCGCCAUCAUGAUCGACUCCAUGCUGCACACCAUCUACCGCCUGUCCCGGGGCCGCGCCCUCACCAAGGCCCAGCGGGACGUCAUCGAGGAGUGCCUCAUGUCGCUCUGCAAGUACCUGCGCCCCUCCAUGCUGCAGCACCUGCUCAGAAGGCUGGUGUUCGACGUGCCCAUCCUCAACGAAUACGCCAAGAUGCCCCUCAAGCUGCUGACCAACCACUACGAGCGCUGCUGGAAGUACUACUGCCUGCCCAACGGCUGGGCCAACUUUGGUGUCACCUCGGAGGAGGAGCUCCAUCUUUCUCGGAAACUCUUCUGGGGAAUCUUCGAGUCUUUGGCGCACAAGAAAUUCGAGGCGGAACUCUUCAAGAUCGCCAUGCCGUGCCUGUGCGCCAUAGCAGGCGCCAUCCCGCCCGACUAUGUGGACGCCACCUACUCCUCGCACACGGAGAAGAAGGCGUCGGUGGACGCUGAGGGCAACUUUGAUCCCAAACCGGUGGAGACCACAAACACCAUAAUCCCUGAGAGGUUGGACAUCUUCAUCAACAAAUAUGCAGAGCACACGCACGACAAGUGGGCCUUUGAGAAGAUCCAGAACAACUGGACCUAUGGAGAGGUGCUGGACGAGAACGGCAAGACUCACCCCAUGCUGCGGCCGUACAAAACCUUCUCUGAGAAGGACAAGGAGAUCUACCGUUGGCCCAUAAAAGAGUCCAUCAAAGCCAUGCUGGCGUGGGAGUGGACCUUGGAGAAAGCCCGUGAUGGCGAGGGAGAGGUGGAGAAGAAGGCGGCCACACGCAAGAUCUCCCAGACUGCCCAGGCCACCUACGACCCCAGCCAUGGUUACAGCCCCCAGCCCAUAGACAUCGCAGGGAUGGCUCUGUCCAGAGAGCUGCAGUCCAUGGCCGAGCAGCUGGCCGAGAACUACCACAACACCUGGGGCCGCAAGAAGAAGUUAGAGCUUCAGUCCAAAGGCGGCGGCACCCAUCCUUUGCUCGUUCCUUACGACACGCUGACUGCUAAGGAGAAGGCCAGGGACCGAGAAAAAGCCCAGGACCUCCUCAAGUUCCUCCAGCUCAACGGAUACGCCGUGACCAGAGGCAUGAAGGACAUGGAGCAGGACAUCUCCUCCAUUGAGAAGCGCUUUGCCUACGGCUUCCUCCAGAAGCUCCUCAAGUGGAUGGACAUCGCCCAGGAGUUCAUUGCUCAUCUCGAGGCCGUGGUCAGCAGUGGUCGAGUGGAGAAAUCACCGCACGAACAGGAGAUCAAAUUCUUUGCCAAGAUUCUCUUGCCGCUUGUGAACCAGUACUUCAAGAACCACUGUCUCUACUUCCUGUCCACUCCUGCUAAAGUCCUGGGCAGUGGAGGACAUUCUUCCAACAAGGAGAAGGAAAUGAUCGCCAGCAUCUUCUGUAAGAUGGCUGCUUUGGUGAGACACAGAGUUUCCCUUUUUGGGACGGACUCAGGCGCGGUGGUCAACUGCCUGCACAUCCUGUCCCGCUCGCUGGACGCCAGGACUGUCAUGAAGUCGGGCCCUGAGAUCGUCAAGGCCGGCCUGCGCCAGUUCUUUGAGAGCGCCGCCGACGACAUCGAGAAGAUGGUGGAGAACCUGAAGCUGGGCAAGGUGUCCAGCCGCAACCAGGUGAAAGGUGUGGCCCAGAACAUCAACUACACCACCACCGCCCUGCUGCCCGUCCUCACCUCGCUCUUCGACCACAUCGCCCAGCACCAGUUUGGAGACGACGUCAUGCUGGACGACUUGCAAAUCUCCUGUUACCGCAUCAUGUGCAGCAUCUACUCUCUGGGCACCGUCAAGACGCCACACGUUGAAAAGCAGCGUCCGGCUCUCGGCGAGUGUUUGGCCCACUUAGCAGCUGCCAUGCCGGUGGCUUUCCUCGAGCCAGAGCUGAACGAGUUCAACACGUUUUCUGUCUACACCACCAAGACUCCCCGAGAAAGAACCAUUCUGGGUCUUCCCAACCAAGUGGAGGAGCUGUGCCCCGACAUCCCAGAGAUGGAGAUCCUGAUGAAGGAGAUCCACGAUCUGGCCGAGUCCGGGGCGCGCUACACAGAAAUGCCCCACGUGAUCGAGAUCACGCUGCCCAUGCUGUGCAACUACCUGCCGCGCUGGUGGGAGAGGGGCAUAGAGAACUUCCCAGACCUGGAGGGUCAGAUCUGCACCUCUGUCACCUCCGAGCAUCUCAACCAGCUGCUGGGAAGCAUCAUGAAGAUUGUGGUCAACAACCUGGGAAUUGAUGAGGCAUCCUGGAUGAAGAGGUUGGCAGUUUUCGCCCAGCCCAUCGUCAGCAGGGCCAAGCCGGAGAUGCUGAAGUCCCACUUCAUCCCCACCAUGGAGAAGCUGAAGAAGCGCUCGGGCAAGGUGGUGGCGGAGGAGGACCACCUGCGCAUGGAGGGCAAGAUGGAGGUAGACAGCGAGAAUGGAACCAUCCGAGACGAGUUUGCUGUCCUGUGCCGCGACCUCUACGCCCUCUACCCCUUGCUCAUCCGCUACGUGGACAACAACAGGGCAAGAUGGCUGACAUGUCCAGAUCCUGAUGCAGAGGAGCUCUUCAGGAUGGUAGGGGAGGUCUUCAUUUUCUGGUCCAAAUCUCACAACUUCAAGCGGGAGGAGCAGAACUUUGUGGUGAUGAACGAGAUCAACAACAUGUCCUUCCUCACCGCCGACAGUAAGAGCAAGAUGAGCAAGGCCGGAGACGGAGAGUCCGGAGGCUCUGAACAGGAGCGCACCAAGAAGAAGCGGCGUGGCGACCGCUAUUCCGUGCAGACCUCGCUCAUCGUGGCGGCGCUGAAGAAGAUGCUGCCCAUCGGCCUCAACAUGUGCUCCCCUGCAGACCAGGAGCUCAUCAACGUGGCCAAGAUCCGAUACUCGCUGAAAGACACCGAUGAAGAAGUCAGGGAGUUUUUGCACAACAAUCUGCAUCUGCAAGGCAAGGUGGAAGACCCCGCCAUGCGCUGGCAGAUGUCUCUGUACAAGGAGAUGUCUGGGAAGGCUGAAGACGCGGAGGACCCGGAGAAGGUGGUGAAGAGGGUCCAGGAGGUGUCUGCGGUCUUGUACCACAUCGAGGUGACGGAGCAUCCCUUCAAGUCCAAGAAAAUGGUGUGGCAUAAGCUGCUGUCCAAGCAGCGGCGUCGGGCCGUGGUGGCGUGCUUCAGGAUGACGCCGCUCUACAACAUCCCCACGCACAGGGCCACCAACAUGUUCCUGGACGCGUACAAGCGCAACUGGCUGGAGACGGAAGGUUACUCCUUUGAGGACAAGAUGAUUGACGACUUGUCGAAAGCCAUGGAGGAAGAAGAGGAAGAGGAGGAAGAGACGGACGCCAAGCCCGACCCCCUUCAUCAGCUCAUUCUGCAUUUCAGCCGCACGGCUCUCACUGAGAAAAUAAAACUUGACGUCGACCACCUGUAUAUGUCAUAUGCUGACAUCAUGGCAAAGAGUUGCCACAUGGGUGAGGAUGACGAAGGGGGAGAAGAAGAGGGGGAGGAGCCAGCCUUUGAGGUGCGGCAGACAGAGAUGGAAAAGGAGAUGGAGAAGCAGCGUUUGUUGUACCAACAGUCCCGGCUGCACAACCGCGGCGCAGCAGAGAUGGUGCUGCAGAUGAUCAGCGCCUGCAAAGGUGAGCCCGGCGCCAUGGUGUCCUCCACGCUCAAACUGGGGAUCUCCAUCCUCAAUGGAGGCAACUGUGACGUGCAGCAGAGAAUGCUGGACUACCUGAAGGAUAAAAAGGACGUGGGAUUCUUCCUCAGCGUGCAAGCCUUGAUGCAAACCUGCAGCGUUUUGGACCUGAAUGCUUUCGAGAGACAAAACAAGGCAGAAGGACUUGGAAUGGUGUCAGAAGAAGGCACCAAUAAGAAGCUUGAACGCGAUGAGAAGGUGAUGGCGGACGAUGAGUUCACCUGCGACCUCUUUCGCUUCCUGCAGCUGCUGUGUGAGGGCCACAACAACGACUUCCAGAACUACCUGAGGACUCAGACGGGCAGCACCACCACCAUCAAUGUCAUCAUCUGCACCGUGGACUACCUGCUGAGACUCCAGGAGUCCAUCAGCGACUUCUACUGGUACUACUCGGGAAAGGACAUCAUGGACGAGCCGGGCAAGAGGAACUUCUCCAAAGCCAUGACCGUGGCCAAGCAGGUCUUCAACAGCCUGACAGAGUACAUCCAGGGUCCGUGCACAGGCAACCAGCAGUCUCUGGCCCACAGCAGGUUGUGGGACGCCGUGGUGGGCUUCCUGCACGUCUUCGCUCACAUGAUGAUGAAACUCGCUCAGGACUCGAGCCAAAUCGGGCUGCUGAAGGAGCUGCUGGACCUGCAGAAGGACAUGGUGGUGAUGCUCCUGUCCCUACUGGAAGGCAACGUGGUCAACGGCACCAUCGCCAGGCAGAUGGUGGACAUGCUGGUGGAGUCCUCCAGCAACGUGGAGAUGAUCCUCAAGUUCUUCGACAUGUUCCUCAAGCUGAAGGACAUUGUGGCGUCCGACGCCUUCCGCGACUACGUGACCGACCCCCGCGGGCUCAUCUCCAAAAAGGACUUCUCCAAGGCCAUGGACAGCCAGAAGCAGUACUCGCCCUCGGAAAUCCAGUUCCUCCUCUCCUGCUCGGAGGCCGACGAGAACGAGAUGAUCAACUUCGAGGAGUUCGCCGACCGCUUCCAGGAGCCGGCCAAGGACAUCGGCUUCAACAUCGCCGUGCUCCUCACCAACCUGUCCGAGCACGUUCCUCACGACACGCGCCUGCAGAACUUCCUGGAGCAGGCCGAGAGCGUCCUCAACUACUUCCGCCCCUUCCUGGGCCGCAUCGAGAUCAUGGGCGCCAGCCGCAAGAUCGAGCGCAUCUACUUCGAGAUCAGCGAGGCCAACCGCAACCAGUGGGAGAUGCCGCAGGUCCGGGAGUCCAAGCGGCAGUUCAUCUUCGACGUGGUCAACGAGGGCGGGGAGAGCGAGAAAAUGGAGCUCUUUGUCAACUUCUGCGAGGACACCAUCUUUGAAAUGAACAUCGCCGCCUCCAUCUCGGAGCCCGAGGGGGACGGCGCAGAGGAGGAGGACGACGAUGAGGAAGAGGAGGAGGAGGAGGAGGACUCUGGAGACGGGGAGGAAGGCAACGGAGAAGCACCAGCCCCAGAGUCCGCCUCGGCCUUCGCCGACUUCCUGACCAGCGUAAUCAACUUCUUCAACAUGUUCACCUUCCGGAACCUGCGGCGGCGCUACCGCAAACUCCGGAAGAUGACCGUGAAGGAGAUGGUGGUGGGCCUGGUCACCUUGGUCUACACGGUCCUCAUGGGCAUCCUGGUCUUCAUCUACAGCGUCUGCAAGGGCUUCUUCACGCUCAUUUGGAAGGCGCUCUUUGGCGGGGGCUUGGUGGAGGGCGCCAAGAAGAUGACGGUGACAGAGAUUCUCGCCAGCAUGCCGGACCCCACGCAGGACGAAGUCCACGGGGACCUGCCGCCUGAGCCGGGGGCCAGGGAGGUUCAGGACUCGGACGGCGCCGCGGACCUCUUGGACGCGGGAGGCGGAGAGGAUGAAGAGGAGGACGGCGAGGAGAGGGAAGGUGGACGCCUGCCUGGUUUCAAUACUCCUGGAGGACUUGGAGACUUUGGAGAGACCACGCCAGAAGAACCUCCCACUCCAGAAGGCACGCCGCUGCUGAAGAGGAAGUUGUUGGAUGGUGCAGACGGAGCAGAAGAGGAAGAACAUGUGGAACCUGCUGAAGAAGAAGCAGCUCCAGAGACAGAGAAGGCAGACACGGAGAACCGUGAGAAGACUGAGAAGGCGGAGCCUGAGCCCGGGCCGGAGGUGAAGGAGGAAGAACCCGAAGAGACGGAGGAGAAGACUGUGAAGAUGAAGACCAAGAAGGAGAAGAAGCCGCUAGAGGAAGGCUUCGAGCUGUGGAACGAGCUGGAGGUUCAGAGGGUGAAAUUCAUGAACUACCUUUCCAGAAACUUCUACAACCUGCGCUUCCUGGCCCUCUUCAUCGCCUUCGCCCUCAACUUCAUCCUGCUCUUCUACAAGGUGUCUGUCAGUCCACCAGACGAGGACGACUUGGAAGGUUCUGGUCUGUUCGAGGGCUCGGGACUGUUCGAAGGUUCCGGCGCGGAUGAGGAAGGAUCCGGCUUUGAAGACAGCGGCGAGGACGAGGACGACGACCAAGGUCCCAUGUACUUCUUCCUGGAAGAGAGCACGGGGUACAUGCAGCCGGCGUUGAGGUUCCUGAGCAUUGUCCACACCAUCAUCUCCUUCCUCUGCAUCAUCGGCUACAACUGCCUCAAGGUUCCUCUGGUCAUCUUCAAGAGGGAGAAGGAGCUGGCCAGAAAGCUGGAGUUUGACGGCGUCUACGUGACGGAGCAGCCCGAAGACGACGACAUCAAGGGCCAGUGGGACAGAUUGGUGCUCAACACUCCAAGUUUCCCUAACAACUACUGGGACAAGUUUGUGAAGAGAAAGGUGUUGGACAAAUACGGCGACAUCUACGGCAGAGAGAGGAUCGCAGAGCUGCUGGGCAUGGAUUUGGCCUCUCUGGAUGUCAGCGCCAUGACGCACGAUAAGAAGCCCGAGCCCGACAACUCCGUCUUCAGCUGGGUAACAUCCAUCGACAUCAAGUACCAGAUAUGGAAGUUUGGUGUGGUGUUCACGGACAGCACCUUCCUGUACCUGGUCUGGUACAUGCUCAUGUCUCUGCUGGGACACUACAACAACUUCUUCUUUGCCGCUCACCUGCUGGACAUCGCCAUGGGCGUGAAGACCCUGCGCACCAUCCUGUCCUCCGUCACGCACAACGGCAAGCAGCUGAUGAUGACGGUGGGUCUGCUGGCCGUGGUGGUGUACCUCUACACCGUGGUGGCCUUCAACUUCUUCCGCAAGUUCUACAACAUGAGCGAGGACGAGGACGAGCCUGACAUGAAGUGCGACGACAUGAUGACGUGCUACCUGUUCCACAUGUACGUGGGCGUGCGAGCCGGCGGUGGCAUAGGGGACGAGAUCGAGGACCCGGCCGGGGACGAGUACGAGCUCUACCGGGUGGUCUUUGACAUCACCUUCUUCUUCUUUGUCAUCGUCAUCCUGCUGGCCAUCAUUCAAGGUUUGAUCAUCGACGCCUUUGGAGAGCUGAGGGACCAGCAGGAGCAGGUCCGGGAGGACAUGGAGACCAAGUGCUUCAUCUGUGGGAUCGGGAGCGACUACUUUGACACCACGCCACACGGCUUUGAGACGCACACCUUGGAGGAGCACAACUUGGCCAACUACAUGUUCUUCCUGAUGUAUCUCAUCAACAAGGAUGAAACGGAGCACACGGGACAGGAGUCGUAUGUGUGGAAGAUGUACCAGGAGCGCUGCUGGGACUUCUUCCCUGCCGGAGACUGCUUCCGCAAGCAGUACGAGGACCAGCUGGGAUAAGAACUCUGGCCCAGAUGAAGACGUCAAUAACGCCACGCUAUGCACACUCUGACUGCACGCCUGCAGCAAUCCGGUUUGAACCUUAACCUCACGGGAAUGACUGCCCUUUUUUUUUUUUUUUUUUUUU